UCAUUUUUCGUUCGAAUUUUGGACCGGGCGGGUUUAACUUCAACGCUGCUCCGCGACUUCGAAUACGAGACCGGUGUUUGUGCGCUCCUGAUAACUGCGAUAAAUCGAGCGCGAGCGCCAUGUACGGAGUGUCCUUUUGGAGGAAGUAGAAUUUGAAAAGUGCAGAGAUCGCGGCUUCGAUUGCCAACGAACAACGGUGUUGCACUGAAUUAUAGUUUUUGUGCACUGUUUCGAAAUUGAACCGUUCAUCGGUUUUUGGGAUUAAGAAGCAGAGCGGCGGGCGAAAUUCCGGCGAAAUCAGGCGCCAGGCGGAAACAUCGAUCAAAACAAAGUGCAUGCUAAAAACAUAAAAGAUAUCACCAUGUUCGAACUGGAGGAUUAUUCGAGCGGCAUACACGAGGGUUUCUUCAGCAAAUAUGCGGAUGCGGCUGGACCCUCGCUGGACUUCUAUGUAUCCGACUCGAUGCAGGAGAUGCUGAACGUGGACAUCCGCGCAGAGAUCGCCAAUGUGGUGGGCAGUUCCAGCAGCGACUUCACCUCGUCCCUGGACCAAACCCUGGAAGCUAUAUCCGCGAUCAACAACAACCAGAGCAAUGGGAACAGCAGCCAGUCAGCUUCCUACAAUGCGAAUGCCAAUUUCCUGACCAGCAGCGCACUCCAUGCCUCGCCCACAGCCAAAUGGAUGGGCUCGUCGGCCAGUUUUUGGUCCAACAGUGAUUACUAUGCGGAUUUGGGCGCUUGCGUGAAUCCCAUUUCCGUGAUGCCACUGAUUAACUCGACUUCCGCAGGAAUGUUCUCGCCAAAGAGAAACAAGACAGCCUCAAGCACACAGGGAAGAUCGGGAGCCGUGCCCUCGUCGCCCAACGCCGAAAGGGAUCAGCACAAGUCCCACCUGACCUUCUCGCCGGCUCAGAUGAAGGUCAGUGCAGGCUCCAUGCGGAGGGAUCAGGUGAUGGCACACAUUCCCAAGCAGAUAUCCGUGGUCACGGGCACCGGAACCACAGCGCCCGCCACAAUGGCCACAAAUUCGGUGCUUCAACGGCGAAAUUCCUCGGCCGUGGAUGCUGUUCGUAAGGAUUUGGUCACAGAGCUGCGUAAAGCCCAAUCCAGUCCAGUGCCAAAUGCCGUGGACGAGCUGGGCAAAGGAAAGGGAACCACACUGCUAAAUGGAGGUGUUGGGGCGACCAACACAAUUAAACUGGCACCUGGCAUCGGGGGUUUGACCUUUGCCAACAGCGCUGCCUACCAGAAACUGAAGCAAACUUCCUCGGUCAAGUCACCAGGCGGUAUCUCGCCAGGAGCAGGACCCAAUGUGGGUCUCAAGCGGGAGGACUCAAAUAAGCGAGGACUGCAGGCCAGCGCCACACCAAAGAGCAUUGCUUCGGCGGCAAACUCGCCGCAUCAUCAAAUGCAGAGCAACUACAGCUUAGGAUCACCUUCAUCACUGUCCUCAUCAUCUGCAUCGUCUCCCCUAGGGAAUGUAAGCAACCUGGUCAACAUAGCGAAUAACAAUACCACCGGAGCUGGAUCCGGCCUGGUAAAGCCUCUACAGCAAAAGGUCAAACUGCCGCCGGUGGGCAGUCCGUUCCCGAAGCCAGCCUACUCCUACUCCUGCCUCAUCGCUUUGGCCCUCAAGAACUCGCGUGCAGGAUCCCUUCCGGUCUCGGAAAUAUAUAGUUUCCUCUGCCAGCAUUUCCCGUACUUUGAGAAUGCCCCCAGUGGCUGGAAGAACAGUGUGCGUCACAACCUGUCUCUGAAUAAAUGCUUUGAGAAGAUCGAAAGACCAGCGACGAAUGGCAACCAGAGGAAGGGCUGCCGUUGGGCCAUGAAUCCCGAUCGUAUCAACAAAAUGGACGAGGAGGUGCAAAAGUGGUCACGCAAGGAUCCGGCUGCCAUACGUGGAGCCAUGGUAUAUCCUCAGCAUUUGGAGUCCCUGGAAAGGGGAGAGAUGAAGCACGGAUCGGCGGAUUCGGAUGUAGAGCUGGACUCGCAAUCGGAAAUCGAGGAGUCUUCGGAUCUGGAGGAGCACGAAUUCGAGGACACUAUGGUGGAUGCAAUGCUGGUGGAAGAGGACGAGGAAGCCGAGGAGGAAGAAGGGGAUGAUGAUCAAAUAAUCGGCGAUUUUGAUGCGGAAGAUGAGCGUCAUGUCAAUGGAAACCAAUCGAAUACCCUUCCCAUCGACCAUGCACUACUUGGUCAAAAAAGUAGCGACUUUGAUAUAGAGGUCGGCGAUCUAUACGACGCAAUCGACAUAGAGGAUGAUAAGGAGCGGCUGCGUCGAAUCAUCUCAAAUAACCAGGCACAGCACAUCAUUGAGUUGAAUCCUGCCGAUCUAAAUGCGACCGAUGGCUACCACCAGCAGCCGGCAUUGAAACGGGCUCGCGUGGACAUCAACUACGCUAUUGGCCCGGCUGGCGAGUUGGAGCAGCAAUAUGGCCAGAAGGUUAAGGUGCAGCAAGUCAUACAGCCGCAGCAGCAUCCGCCCACCUACAACAGGCGGAAGAUGCCGCUGGUCAACCGCGUCAUCUAGAGCGGGGCACAGCCCAAAAAACCCAUUACAUUAAUCACUUAGUUUUAGGCCUUUGGUAUUUAAGAAACCCCUGCUACGCUUAAACGUAAUCCUUAAGCCCCAUCAUCCAAUAUCGAAUAUCAGUUUUCAGUUUCGUGUGCAAAACCCAAAUUGUUAUUAUAUCUCCCAUCUUAUUUGUAGUUCAGUUUGGCUGCCGUUUGAUUUUAAAUCUCGAUUAGAGCCUGUGCCAGCUGAAAAAGAGAAAUAGCUUGUGCGCUUUGUUUUUGCAUAAUUUAAAUCAUUCUAUAGUCGCUUCUCGAAUAAAUAUGUAUUAUAAUGUUCCCAAAGAACCGAGAUAUUGCUCCACUUGACGAUAUUUCCGUUUUAAUUCGCCUGACGCUUGAGGAGAAAAACUCAAUAGGUUCCACUGACGACGCAUGAAGCAUGUUAAUAUUUUACCAGACUCGAGCUUCGGGUGGUUUGAGUUGCAACUUUUGAUUUGAUCUCCCUACUGACAAAUGAAUUUUCAUCCUUCAAUUGAUAAGAAACUUGACAAUGCAUUUAUGACAAAUGAUUCCACGCGUAGUCGUAGAAUAAUAUUAAUGUGCAACACAACGAUUAUUUUGACAACGAAAUGUGAACAGUAGGUUUAUAUUUCGACCUUUUG